CUCUAUAUAUAUAUAAAAACACACAAGUGUGUCUUGUUUACUACACAAUAUUUUCUCAAUUGUUUAGUUUCAUCUGUAGAACGAUGGAGUUUGUGACUUCGAAAGAAGAGGAGAGUUUGAAAGAGGAGCAAGUGUCGAAGCAGCUACACCUGAAAUCAUCUGAAACGCAAACGCAAACGCUGAACAAAAAAGCCGUUCUCAACCGCAUCCGCAACCACAAAUGUAUGCACAAAAUCAAGAGCCUUCUCCACACCACCGCAGCUAACAACGGAGCCGCCGUCGACGAUGGUUAUCAGUGGAUUGAUAGUGGCGAUGUCUUCUCUUGUCCGUGAAAUAGGCAGUGAUUUUGCCACGUGUCAUACACGUGUGUGUGUGUUUUUUUGAUGAUAACUCUCUUGUCUCUAUUCGCGUUAAUCGGAAUUUAGUAUCCCAAAAAACACACAAGUUUCUGUUAUGUGUAAUCUUCUAUAAAUUUUAGACUCCCUAUAUUUGAACAUCACCGCUGAUCUUUUUAUCGA